AUGAAGAACCUAUCUAACAAAUUGGACACAAUUUCUGAUCGUCACAAGGCAACACAAGAGUCGGAUCAUAUCAAGACUCGAUUGGAUGCUGUGGAAGCAACGUUAUCGGAUACAGAAAAUGUCAACUCAUCUGCCGAAACUAGCGAAGUUACAUCUAAAAUCUUCGAUCAAUCCAAUGCAACCACAGCUGAGAUGAGAAUUGCUGAUGAUACGAUAAAUCCAACCGAAAUUUUGGUCAAAAACGAAAUGACAGCUGAAAGAUUGGGUCAGAGUCAAGACAAGAACAAUUUGAGCAGGCAAGAACAGCGACGAAAGCACGAUGCUCUCUCCACAAUACUCGAGAAUCAUCAGGUCCACGAUCGGGUCAGAAUCAAGGCAAGACAAAUUUUAGCAGGCAGGAACAGCAACGAAACUACGAUACUCUAUUCCCGAUUCCCAAAAAUCAUCAGGUCAAAGGUCGGGUCUAAAACAAGAUCCCUCUUUUUCACUCGGCUGGGAAUCGAACCCAGGUCUACCGAUUGCCGGUCAGGUACUCUAACCACUAAGCCACUGGAGAAUGGGGUGGUAAGAGCCCCCGAACGACAGUCGGUAGACCUGGUGUCAGCGAUGUCGAGCAGUAACAUAACGGAAAGUCGGAUUCCUCUAGAGUACUGGGAUCAAAGAUCGAUCGAUCUGGUGGAUGAGCGCGAGGGCGUUGCAUCAAGUAGUCGAUAUCCUCGAUUUUCCACAGUGACAUCAACCGAUCUGUCGAACGUCAGCUUAUCAACCACGACGCCUUCUUCCGGAAAUGCAAACCUUUUGGAAAAUCUGAUAGUUCCCCUUUAUGCGACAAUUUUUCUUCUCUCAGUCGUUGGGAAUUCCCUGGUGCUGAUCACUCUCGCCAGGAACAAACGUAUGCGGACGGUGACCAAUGUCUACCUGUUGAACCUGGCAAUGUCGGACCUUCUGCUUGGAGUCUUUUGCAUGCCAUUCACACUUCUUGGCCAGAUGUUGAAGAAUUUCGUUUUUGGAAACGCCAUGUGCAAAUUGAUACCCUAUUUUCAAGCUGUCUCUGUCUCAGUAGGAGUCUGGACACUUGUUGCCAUAUCUCUGGAGAGGUACUACGCCAUUUGUCGACCACUGAAGUCGAGACGAUGGCAGACACAAUUUCAUGCUUAUAAAAUGAUAGUUGUUGUUUGGGCGGCCAGCCUCGUCUGGAGUGCGCCCAUUUUGGUUGUUUCGAGAUUAAAAAGUAUCAGAGGAGGUAGACACAAGUGCAGAGAAGAGUGGCCCAGUGUUGGCACAGAGAGGGCCUACAAUAUUUUUUUGGAUGGGACUUUACUUUUGAUACCUCUAAUUGUAAUGUGUUUAGCUUAUUCUUUAAUAGCUAGCAAAUUAUGGAGGGGCCUUAGAAGGGAAAUUCGACAGAGUUCAAUCUGUUUAGGAAGAUUAAGGCAAUUGCCGGGGAGCAUUGCCAGGGAACGAUCCGUGGAUCGGGACCAACAUGCCACAAAUAUUGUGGAAAGAACAACGAUGUUUAAUUCUAGAUGUGAAGAGUUGGGUGGGGGGACUUCUAACAUUAUUUCUUCCUCAAAACGUCCGAGGUGUAAUCGAAUGGUAAAUCAUCGAUCUAUGUCGCUGAGGACAAGAAGAAUGCAACCAACAAUAAAAAAUUCGUCAAAUUUGGACGUAAAUGUUAACGUAAGUGUGAGCAUCGAUUUAAACCACAUUGCAACGAUACCUCGAUCUCGUGGUGCAAGCGCUAACGGGGGAGCAAAAAGGGGUAGUUCAAUUUAUCGAGAAACAGAAGAAACUGGAGGAAUCGAAGGUCGAAAAAAUUCGACCUACACCUUUGGUAGGCAACAUGCCAUUCGUAGUAAUUACAUGGGAAAGAGCAUCGAAGCUAAAAAGAAGGUCAUUAGAAUGCUCUUCGCGAUCGUGUUGGAAUUUUUUGUCUGUUGGGCGCCCCUGCACGUAGUCAAUACUUGGUAUCUGUUCGCGCCAGAUCUGGUUUACUUGCACGUUGGAAGCACUGGUAUUAGCCUCGUGCAGCUCUUGGCUUAUAUUUCCAGCUGCUGCAAUCCCAUCACAUACUGCUUCAUGAACCGGAAGUUUCGGCAGGCUUUUCUCAGUUUAUUCGACUGCUACAAUUGCUGGCGAUUACGAUGUGGGGAUCAGAACGCCUCCGCAAGGGUCACGAGAAAUAUUACACACGCUGGAAAUAGUGAAGUCAGUGCAAACGACUCUGCGAUUUACUUAGGACGAACAUCCCUUAUCGGGAAAUCUGAAGUAGUUCGACUUCUGGGGGAGGAGGAUCGUGUUUAGCGAAGGGCUUUACCUGGGACGAUCGAUAUCUCAUGUUCCAGGAGUUGUGUGGAAAUACCAGCUAUUGGUGAUUCAGGUGGAAGUAAAAGUGAAGUGAUGUAAUUCAGUACCAGUGAUCUCCUGUAAAAGCUUUAAAAUCUGAAUUCCUUAGGGAAUGUCGUCUGCUGAGGCAUGUGAUCAAAGAGAAAGAAAGCACUUAAAAAGAGUCGUAAACCUUUAAAGGUGCCUUUGACUCUCGAUGAAGAAUUCGUUUAAAUUCUUUUGACUAGGGAGGAUGACACUCUUUUACUCUUAAGUGUAAAUCAUCAAUUUCUUCCAUUCCUGCGUUUCUAAAUGUUAUUUAUUUCUCUAAAUUACUUAGUUCUCCACAUCUAUUUUUUUAAAUGGAAUUUUAAGUGUUUUGUACUCGAAUUUAAGAUGAUCGAGUUAUCGGAAUUGUAAAAUAUGAAUAUUGAUCAGGGAAAUCUUCACAGAUCUUGUUAUCAAUUUCGUAUUUGAAAAGACACUUUCAGGUUUUCUACGCCCGUCUCGACUGUUAUAAACGUAUGUACAUAAAUUUUUGUAUAAACAUGUAGUAA